GCAUGCGAGUCUUCUUUGGCAACCCAUUUCUUCUUUCUUCUUUUCCCAUCUUUGACGUGCUUUAUAAAUUCAUCUCAUCUUCUUCGUCUAAUCUUGAAUCCCAUGUUUUCUAUUUGAAGAACAACAAAAAUGCCUGAGAAAGACAGUCAAUGUGUUGCUAAACAGCCUCGUCUCGUGGCUAGAAAGUUUCUGGCUAGGCCUCAACAUGAAGGGUUGGGCGCCAUUGUUAGAAGGAGCAUUGGAAGAUUUGAGCUGAAAUACUUCGACCCUUUUCUGGUUUUGGAUGAAUUUUCAGUUACUGCCCCAGCUGGGUUCCCUGAUCAUCCACAUAGAGGAUUUGAGACAGUGACCUACAUGUUACAGGGAAGUGUGACACAUGAAGAUUUUGAAGGUCACAAGGGAACAAUUGGUGCAGGUGACUUGCAGUGGAUGACUGCAGGUAGAGGUAUUGUACAUUCAGAAAUGCCUGCAGCUCAAGGAACCCAAAAGGGCCUCCAACUAUGGAUCAACCUUUCUUCCAAGAACAAAAUGAUUGAGCCAAAUUACCAAGAAGUUUCAAGCAAGGAAAUCCCAGAAGCUACAAAAGAUGGAGUGACAGUGAAAGUCAUAGCUGGUGAGGCAUUGGGAGCAAAAUCACCAAUCCACACAAGAACACCAACCAUGUACUUAGACUUCACUCUCAACCCAAAGGCUCAUCUCCAUCAGCCGAUCCCGUCAUCCUGGAACGCGUUCGUUUACAUUCUCGAGGGCGAGGGCGUCUUCGGCAGUUCGAAGGCGACGUCGACGACAGCACAUAACCUUCUUCUGCUCGGGUUCGGGGACGGUUUAGACGUGUGGAAUAAGUCAGCCAAGGGUGUAAGGUUCAUCUUGGUAGGAGGUGAACGACUGAGUGAGCCUGUUGUGCAAUUUGGGCCAUUUGUGAUGAACACUCAAGAACAAAUUGACCAAACCAUUGAUGAUUUUGAUAACUAUACCAAUGGGUUUGAGAAAGCAAGGCAUUGGAGAUCACAAGCUGCAAUUUCAUAGGAUAUAUUCUUUAUUCAAAUAUGUAAAAAAUACGUACCAUCGACACGGUUCUCAAGAUAGGGUUUUAAAAUUUGAACGUUUAUAUAAGUGCGAUCGCAAUUCUUAUGUA